CAUAUUCGCCCCUUGCAACCCGUCAUGAAAUGCGAAACAUAUACUAGCACACGGAAUAGCACGAUGUCUAAUGUGAAAAAGCAGAGCGCAAGAUUCUCAAGAGUACUGCAUAUAGCGUCGGCAUGAGACUGGACCUCAGAGCCACCCACGGCAGAGUGGAAGCGCGUUGUUGUCGCCCCGGUUGCUGCAUGAUAGAGUAGCAAGAUUAUAUAGCAGUUCCAAAAGUAAGGAGAACUACCAGGUAUUUGUAAGUCCUAGAUAUGAUAAGUAGCUGCUUCUUAUACACCGAGCUCUUUGGUUCGUGCGUCUAUGUACCUCUACUAGUUGAAUAUAAUCGGUUGACUGUUUGAGAGUGCCUUUUGUCACGUGAUGACCGUGGCAGCGCUAGCCUUGCGAAGCUCAGCGCGUCGACGUCAUCAGCUAGCAUUAACUUUCCUUGUCCGGCAUUCAUCUCAACUUUGGGUUUGACAUAACCAUCGCAGUCAUGUGCAUUUGAUUUGCCUUUGCAAGAAUGUUUACAAGGUUCGGGAGGCAUAGCGCCUCCCAAAACAGCUCAUUGGCACGCGUGAGAGCUUCAGGGUCACUCGCAAGACACAAUCCUCCUUCAUGUUUCACAUAUCCAGGAUUACGAAGCCGAUAUGCCUCUUUUCAGGCAGGCGAGAAUCAGUCUGGUCACAUCAACGCUGGGCCCAAUGAAGGAAUUCUGUUUUUUGACAAUGUGUCUCCAAUGAAGAUACAGAAGUAUUUAGGGUUUCCUAUGACUUUCCCUGAUAAAGCACCGGGGUUUCUCAGUUACUUCAUCAGCCCAUCGAUGACCGGGACUGAACCGAGCAAGAUCAUCAAGAACGCAGCGACGAAAUCUAACCUCUCUAUACGGGCCACUGAAACACUAUGGAGACUCAAAGAAGGUGGAGCCUUUGUCAAGUUUACGCAUGGUGGAGAUGCGUCUUUAUCCGAAGUUGAAAAAGUGCUCCAACAGUACUUGACUGAUCACCCAAUCAAACCAUGGUGGAGCCCAUUGCAAGGUAUGAGUGUCAGCUUGGUAAAAGGGCGACCAUGGGUUGAGGAUCUUUUCCGUCUGCCUACUCCUCGCCUGAGAGUUGAAUUUGUGGCGCCCGAGCCAGGGUCAGAACCAGUAGAGCUCUCCCAAGAGAAGCUAUACGAGUUCUUCAGACCAUAUGGGAAACUGAAUGAUAUCGUUGUUCAACCUCCAGAUUCAAAGGUCUUGCCGAGGUUCGCUUACCUAGAUUACGCAGACAUGCGAACUGCGGUUGUGGCGAGGAACUGUAUGCAUGGCUUUGUGAUCGGUGAAACAGAAGGUGGUGGUAAAAGUGGCACACUCCUAAGACUGAAAUAUGAGCGCAAGAUCAAGGCACACUGGAUCCGAGACUGGAUUGUGAAUCACCCAAGGAUUGUGGUUCCUAUCCUUGCUGCUAUCGUUGCUGGUAUUACCGUUGCGGUCUUUGAUCCAAUCCGAACAUUUUUUGUCAAAGCGCACAUUACCCGAGUACUAAAUAUCCAGGAAAAUAGCUGGUACAAGUGGAUAGUCGGUUACGCAACCGACUUCAUACCGUGGCAUCACAAGUCGCGCGAUGAUGAUGGCAUGGAAGCCGUAUGGGAUGACAGGAAACAGAACAUUGAACAAAUUCAGACUUGGCUCAUGGAAACCGCUGAUACCUUCAUAAUUGUUCAGGGGCCUCGCGGCUCUGGGAAGCGCGAGCUUGUUGUUGAUCAAGCUUUGAAGGACAGAAAACACAAACUCGUUAUCGACUGCAAGCCUAUCCAGGAAGCUCGAGGCGAAAGCGCAACCAUCAAUGCAGCAGCAGCGGGGGUUGGAUAUAAGCCCGUCUUUUCUUGGCUGAAUAACUUAUCUGGUAUGAUAGACCUGGCUGCGCAAGGAGCGACGGGUGUCAAGACCGGAUUUUCCGAGACUCUUGAUUCCCAGCUUGCGAAGAUCUGGAAUACGACUGGAACAGCUUUGCGACAGAUUGCUCUUGACCAACGCCACAAGGACGAUAAAGACGCUCAUCUCCCAGACGAUGAAUGGCUUGAAGCUCACCCAGAUCUCAGACCUGUCGUCGUUAUCGACAACUUUCUUCACAAAAGCCAGGAGGGAGGCGUAGUGUACGACAAAAUCUCGGACUGGGCUGCUCGUUUGACCACUUCUAACAUUGCUCAUGUGGUAUUCCUCACCCACGACGUUGCUUACACCAAAUCUCUCUCGAAAGCUCUUCCAGAUCGCGUCUUUCACCAAAUCCCACUUUCAGAUUGUUCACCGCACGUCGCUAAGAAGUUUGUGCUUCGCCACCUCGAUGCCGAUGUGGCAGACGACCCAGCGCCUAAAGAUGGUUCUCCUAAAGAAGUUCCCUCUGAAACACGCACUGAUCUUCAAGAACUCGACACAUGUAUUGAUCUUCUGGGUGGACGUCUCACCGAUCUCGAGUUCUUAGCUCGACGCAUUAAAACUGGCGAGACUCCCACAAAGGCCGUCCACGAAAUUAUUGACCAGUCGGCCUCAGAGAUCCUCAAAAUGUACAUCUUCGGCAUUGACGAUGCUGAGUCGCGCAACUGGUCUCCCGAGCAAGCCUGGCUUCUGAUCAAGAAGCUCGCCGAAGAAGAAUCUCUUCGCUAUAACGAAAUUCUCUUAGACGAUACUUUCAAGAGUAAUGGCGAGAAGACACUACGCGCUCUUGAACAGGUCGAACUCAUCUCUAUUGUAUCAUCCCCUUCGGGCCGCCCAUCACUGAUCAAGCCCGGCAAGCCCGUCUACCAUCCAGCGUUCAAGCGGCUUACAAAAGACAGCGUACUCCGCAGUCGCCUCGAUCUUGCUGUGUUGACCGAGUUGGUCAAAGUGGAGAACGCGACGAUUGAAAAGUGCGAGGGCGAGUUGUUGCGCUUGAGUGACAUCGAGGGGAGACCGGCGCUCAUCGCAGGUCGUGUGCAAUACCUGCUCGCCAAGUUGGCGAAGAGCCAGAGGGCGAUUGAAAAAUACGAGCUUGAGAUGGGUGCUUGCAAGAAGGUGUUGAGUCGGGAGCAUUGA